UGGUGUGCUGUUUGCUGUUCUGAAUUCAGUCGUGUGGUGAACGCGAGCGGGCGCGGCAGAGGAAUCCAGUUUGUUCUGCCUAAUUUCUGAACGGACGAUGGCGCUGCCGCUGGGAUAUCUGUGCUUUUUGGCGGUGCUGUGCAGUUUCUUCCAUGAAGGGCUGGCCAUCAACUGCUACCAAUGCAACAGCCACAACGACUCCCGCUGCCUGCUGCAGAAGCUGCCCGACUCGCUGCGGCUCCCGUGCGGGCCCAAGGAGACCAUGUGCAGGAAGAUCAAGCAGGUGGUGGAGUUCGAGAUGAACGGGAUGCCGCCCGACAGCAGGAUCAUCAGGGGCUGCGGCUGGGACGAGAGCAGCUAUAAGGGUCGCUGCUACCAGCGCGCCGGGUACGGGGGUCGCCAGGAAGUCUGCUCUUGUCUCGAGGACGGCUGCAACUCGGCGACCCUGCCCGUGGGAGCCACCUUGCUCAUGCUGGUCUCCGCGGCACUGCUGAGGAUCUGGUAGAUUGGUGGCGGGGUGGGCGGGUUCUGUAAUGCUACUUGGAAAUCUUGGCUGGUGUUUUUAGUUGUGUGGUGUAAGGCGUUUGUAGUAAGGUUUGGUAAGCUUUUGGUCGUGCUCAUAUUGGUAGUGUAAUCACCAGGUUUAGGCUUAGCGUUGCAGCUUGCUAAGUUUAAGUACGCAACGAGAUUGAAUAUAAAGAUGUGUUAGAGAAUACCUUAUUAAUUUAAAUGUGUAAAUGGCUGAUGUAAGUUGACACAUUUUUGUUCUAAUUUAAAAAAAUAUAAAACAAGAAUAGAUAAUUUAUCAGAGAGUACAGGUAGAAAUUACAGAAACCGACGUAAUUAGAGAAAAACAAAACUACUGUGAGGUAGAUUAGGAUAACGAUGUAUAGAUGUGAGUGUGUACCUAAAUUAGGUUUCUAAUUUAUUGAAAAUGUGGAAAUCUAAAGUAUGUGAGUAAUUGAGCACAAACUCUAGAACAAAGUAGACUAGACCACCUAUUAUUUAAGACCUGAAAAAUGUUAAAUGCGAUUAUAAUAAUGCACAAGGUAAAAUCACAAGACAACGUAGGAAUUUAAAAAACGUAAAUUGUUGUGCUUGCUGAAAUUGUUAAUAAAAUCGACUGACAAUACAAAUAAUACUUAUAAUAAGACCGUCAGUCUUUCGAUCAUAGCUUAAUACUUAUUUAAUACUCGUAAGUGUUGCAUAAUUGAGAGUUUAUCGCAAAUCAAAUGGAUUAGUGUGUACAUGUUAAAUUAUUUAGUGUACAGAGUCACUGCCGAUUGUAAAUAGAUGUUAAUCGUGUUAGAACGUUUUUGUUAGUAUGUCAUAGUCACUGUACAUUAUGUGCAAUCAACAUAAUAGAUAACUAUACAGCCCUAGGGCAACAAUAUUGAAAGAUCUAUGAAAUGAGGGUUCCUCAACAUUCGUCAGUAGAGUUUAGUAUAAAAGUGUAAGCAGUGGGGGUGGAAUCUUAUCUAUUUUGUUAACUGUACCUACAUGUAUGUACCAUGUGUACGGCUUGUUAUUGAGUUUGUUAUGUGCGACUGUAUUUAUAUUAAAUAUUUUUUCUUU